AUGCUUUUCCAACCGACCAUCACUCUUCUCCUGGCCAGCCUGGCCAUCGCUGCCCCUGGAAAAAGCCAGUCCCUGCAAACUGUAACAGUUACUUUUAUCAACACGCACCUGGGCGUAGUCCAUGGGUUGCAGAUCCCCGCAGAUGGGAGAGUCGUCGCCGUCGAAGCAGCCUUCACAAACCGUUUGGUCGACCACGUCAUGAUUAAGUGUCUCGAUAUCUGCAUCCCAGAGUUCCAGUGCACGCUCUACGACGAGAACUCCGACCCCCUCAUCACCCUACCCCCCGGAAGCACCGCAAUCGACCCACCCCAGCGAGUUCAUGAGGUCACCUGCAAGGGAGGGCUGCCAGGCGAUGAGCCUAGGCCCAUCGAAGCUCGCGAAUCUCACAAGCAAGAUCUAAGCAUAUGGCUCAACGCCGGUGUCUGGGCCGUGAGCACCGAGGUAAGGCCCUCCGUAGAUGGGGUCUUCCACAGCGUGUCAGACUUCGACUAUUUCAUCACCUCCGUAUUGGUUAAUUGCCUCGGGGACUGCGUCACAGAGUUCCACUGCAGGCUCUACAACAAGGACCUCGUCUACUUCAUGGCCGUGUAUCCAGGACGCAACCAAGUCGACCCACCCCAGCAAGUCCGCAAGCUCGUCUGCGUGUCAGGUCCGCCAGGCGAUGAGCCUGGGCUCAUCGAAGCUCGCGAAUCUGACAAGAAAAUUCUACACGUGUCGCUCUACGCCCACAUUCUAGGCAAGAGCACGGAAGUGUGGCCCGCCAUAGAUGGGGACGCCGUCCCCGUCCAAGGCCACUUCGGCUAUCCCGUCGGCUCCGUAUUGAUUCAGUGCCUCGGGGAAUGCAUCCCAAAGUACCACUGCACGCUCUUCGACAACAACCUCGAAGCCUUCGCCACCGUGUCCGGAGAAGGCGGCAAAGUCCAGGAGGCCCAGCCAGUCCGCCAGGUCAGGUGCGCGUCAGGUCCGCCACCCCAGUAG